GAGAGGCGGCGGCUGCUGGGCUCGGCAUGGUGCUGCUGGUGGUGAUGGGAGUGAGCGGCUCGGGGAAAUCCACUGUUGGGUCACAUCUGGCAACUAAGCUGGGAUGGAAAUUCUAUGAUGCUGAUGACUAUCAUCCUACAGAGAACACAAAGAAAAUGGCACAAGGAAUACCACUAAAUGACCAGGACAGGAUUCCAUGGCUUUGCAAAUUACAUGAUAUAUUAAUGAGAGAAGAGUCAGCUGGACAAAGUGUGAUUCUGGCCUGUUCAGCUCUGAAGAAAAUGUACAGACGCAUAUUGGUAAGUGGAGGGGAUGCUGUGUGUUCUAAAAGUGAUCAGCUAGACUCUGCCACAGGGAAGGUCCUUUUUAUCCAUUUGGAUGGAUCUAUGGAACUCAUCGCCAGCCGCCUGGAGAAGAGGAGAGGACACUUCAUGGCACCCGAACUACUACAGUCUCAGUUUGAUACGCUGGAGCCUCCGUCAGCACCAGAAAACUUUAUCACUGUGAGUCUAGAAAAGUCUGUUUCUGAAAUAGUGUCUGAAAUUGAGAAAUCUCUUCACUUAGAGAAAUGCUUUUCCACAGCAGUUUCUGAAUUAGAUGCACACUAAUUCUUUUAAACAUGUCAUAUUUGUAGAACAGCAGUUUAGUUGCUUUCUCAAGUUAACCAGCAUGGUUUGCAAUAUUAACUUCAUUGGCUUGACAUACUUUAAAGGGACUGGGACACUAUUACUGAUUUCAUUAAGAUCUGUUCAAACCUGGAGAUACAAUUUUCAGAAGUGAAUGGCAUUUGCUUAACUCUUUGUCCAUUUAAAUCACAGGCGAAACUCUCAUUGGCUUUGAUAGAAACAGGGGUAGGUCAACACCGAGUGCUUCAGACAAUCCCAUCCUAGGAAUUUAGACAGAACAUGUAAAUCUCAACAAAUUUAGCUUUAACUUUUUUCCUGCCAAAACACAGAAAUUGGCCCCAUCAUCACUACUGACAUUUUAGUGUUGAAUGGACACUUGAAAGGUGAACAUCCUCUUAAGAGGAGGCAGAGUUCUCUAAUAGUGCAGAGGGGCAGGAGCUGGGACAGCUGGGUUCAGGUCCUGACUCUACCAUUAGCUCCAUGUCUGACCUGGAAUAAGUCACAACCUCGGUGUCUAUGUCCAUAUCUGUGAAAAUACUUGCUGACUUCGCAGGGGUGUUGUGAGAUUUCAUUGAUUCUGACUUAAACACAGUGGGAGGGAGAGAGCUAUGUAACUGCAAGGCAUUAUUCUACCUAAAUCUUUAACAAUAAACUAAGCACUGUAUUGACUGUGAUUUAGUCUUUCAUUUGCAAAAUAUACACACAAUGAAACAAGAGAGAGAAUGACUCAGCCAAUGAGGUAUGAUUUAUGUACCACUGGGUUCAGCAGUUCAGAACAGAUGAAUGGUCUCUUCCUUCAGCUUGACUGGCAGGCAGCUGUUCAGUGUAACUUCUUCUGGCACCCUCCACCUGCUACCACAAUAGCCUCACUCUAGCCUCUACUGCUCAAGCUGUAUCACAAAGCAUGACUUUCGCUGUAAUAAAAAUUCAGAGCAGGUGUGAGGAAGAGCAAGGACGAAACUCCCCUAAUAAGGGAGAAUCCCACUUCAAGUAGGUGGCUUGCACAUUGCUCCUCACAGACACACAUUCUUUGGAUUUUGCAGAUACACAAGCAAUUCAGCAUAUUAUUUUCAGUGUCCCUCUCAAACUGAGCCAGUGAAUUAAGGUUCUUUGUUACAGUCAUUUAAAAAUGUACACACCAAAGGCUGUGCUCACUAUUAGAGUACUUAAAUUCAGAUGUAACUGUCCUUAAUCUUGUUUACUUUCUCUUCAAUAUGUAAUGCUUUGUAGGUGUUAAAGUCCUUAUUAAAGUUAAGACUAUACAACUACAGCCUUGAGUAGUCUUAGCAGAGACAAUGGACUCCUCCUGUGGCAAGAUAUGCUCAUACAUAUGUGUUUACAGGAUAAGGGCCUAGGACAGCUACAUACAAUCACUACUCUCAAUCCAGUAUUCAUUGUCAGUCUAUUAAACAAAAACCCUCAUUACAACAAGAUAAGAGUCCACUUUCACAUGUUAAUUCUGUACUUAGAAAUUUUUGCAUAAAGUCAUGUAAAUAAUUCACAGAAUUUAAGGAAUAUGAAAGCAUGUUUAAUUUUUUUGGUGUGUGUAUGUAUUAAAAUG